AUAAUAGCCGUGACCUGGAAAUUGACAUGGUAAAAAAAAUACAACACAAAUCUAAGGCUGCCAUAAGUCAGUUUGAAUCGGAGCUUGCUGUCCUGAAGAACCGUCUGGAAACCCAAGAACUUGAGACUCAGAAGGCUAACUCCAAAUUUGACUUCAGUGUCUCUGAAAAUGAGAAGCUGAAGAAGAAUUUUGAGUCGGAGAAGGAAACUUGGGCUGAUGAGAAGGCUUCCCUGGUGACUCGGGCCGAAACAGCAGAAGCAUCUCUCGCAGAAGCAACAACCGAGCUGUCCGACUUAAAACGGCAGAUAUCUCAAAUGGUUUCAGCCAUCUUCAGUAAGUUAUCGUGCAAAACUUCCAACCUUGUAACCUUACAAUGACUAUUGUAAUAAUUACUUCCGGCUGACUGUUAUACUUGUGCACAUACAGGCCCCAGGAGUACCAACC